AAAUCGGAAGCCACCAGACUAAAAAUGCAUUUAUCCCUAAUUAAAUAAAGGAUUCGAUCGUUCAAGCGAGACAUCACUAAGCCACGCUCCGUGCCACCGCAAGGCUAGCUCAUCGCCCAGCACGGCCACUUCCAACGCCGCCGCUUCGCCGUUCAACACCACCGCACAACGUUAUUGACGUUCAGACUGCCCGCGUUCGAGCCUCCGCGAGCAGCCCACCACUACACCGUUCGGUGCGGCGGACACCUCCACGCUGAGAAGUUGUGAACUGAAGAUGGUGAAGUUGACGAUGAUUGCUCGCGUUACUGAUGGUCUUCCACUAGCAGAGGGGCUUGAUGAUGGCCGCGAUUUAAACGAUGCUGAAUUCUACAAACAGCAAGUCAAGGCAUUGUUUAAAAACCUCUCAAGAGGCCAGAAUGAGGCUUCAAGGAUGUCAAUUGAAACUGGCCCUUAUAUUUUCCAUUACAUAAUUGAAGAACGCGUUUGCUACUUGACAAUGUGUGACCGUGCCUAUCCUAAGAAACUUGCCUUUCAAUACCUUGAAGACCUCAAGAAUGAAUUCGAGCGUGUUAAUGGGCCUCAAAUUGAAACUGCUGCCAGACCUUAUGCCUUCAUUAAAUUUGACACAUUCAUACAUAAAACAAAGAAACUGUAUCAGGACACUCGUACUCAGCGGAAUAUUUCAAAGUUGAAUGAUGAACUCUAUGAAGUCCACCAAAUAAUGACCCGCAAUGUUCAGGAAGUUCUUGGUGUUGGUGAAAAGUUGGAUCAGGUCAGUGAAAUGUCAAGUCGAUUAACAUCAGAAUCUCGUAUAUAUGCUGAUAAGGCAAGAGAUUUAAACCGACAGGCAUUAAUACGGAAGUGGGCCCCUGUUGCCAUUGUGUUUGGAGUUGUCUUCCUCCUCUUCUGGGUCAAAACAAAGAUCUGGUGAUCACACUGAUCAUUCUGAAAACUGUUGCGAAUUUUCUCCGUGCUUCUUGUGGCAUUAUAGUCUAGGCCCCAGAUCCGUUGUCAUCCACAUACAUAUAUAGUUGAAUCGUGUUUCAAGAGAACUCUCGCCUUCUUAGGUUAGGGAAAGCAGUCUGGAAUGUACCUCAUGGAGAUAAUGGUGAGGUAUAUAGCACCCGGCUCUUUUUCUACUGUUUGUUUGUAACUCUGAAAAUGAUUCGGAAAAUCACUAACUGUUUCCUAUAUUUUCAUAUAAUCGAAUUAAUAUAUAAGUAACAUUUUUUCA